UCGAUCGUUGGACGGUCUAGUUCUGCCAGGGAGCGACCUGUGAAUGGGCGCGAGUGUUGCCGCGACGCGAUUCGACAGUGCCGAAAGAUUUUUCUGCGAUUGAUUUGAGGUGCUGGACUGCUUCGGUAGUGGUCGAUUCGAGUGGAUCCCGCCGGUGGUGUAUAGAUCCUUUCGUUUCGGUUGAAAAUUGUUAUCUGUGGAAGCACGUGCUAUGGAAAGAUAUGAGAAGGUGCAGAGAAAGAACACGUUGGAUGUUCUCUGAAAUUCGAGGAUCGACGAUGGUAGGCCAAGAUGGACGUCAAAGUAGCUCUCCUGGAGAACUCUCCGACACUCUCGACGAUCUCGUCGGACUGCACGGACGCGACGUACUCCGGCCCCGGCUCGCCUUACUCCCCGGAAUCGCCGAUCAUCGUCACGUCCUCGUAUAAAAAGGCGGAGGAUGACGAGGUCACGCCCCGACCAACACCCAGGCACCCACCGCCGCCCAGGAAGCCGAACUUCCGGAUACGACCGCCCUAUCUGAUGAUCUGCAUCAGCAUCGUCGAGAUAGCCGUUCACUGCCUGGGGGAUGAAGCGACCUUGCACAGGUGGCUGGUCUACGAUCCCCGACAGAGGAUCCAGGGCUGGAGGUUCGCCUCGUAUAUGCUCCUGCACUCGAACGCGCUUCACCUUGCACUCAACGUGGUCAUCCAGCUGGUGCUGGCCACCCUGCUCGAGGUGGAACAAGGUCGGUUAGGUGUCGCGACGAUCUACCUUGGGGGCGGUGUUUGCGGAGCCCUGGGCGCGUCUCUUUUGCAGCCAAGUUUGUUCCUGAUGGGCUCUUCCGCAGGUGCUUACGCACUGCUUACCAGCCAUCUCGCGCAUCUUUACUUGUGUCACGGCGAGCUGCGGUACGCCGGCUGGCGUCUCGGCGCCGUCUUGCUGUUAGCCAGCGCGGACGUGGCGUCGCUGCCGAUCCCGGCCCUUCUGGGCUGCGGCAGAGUGGGCUGGGCAGCCCACGUGGCAGGCGCCCUGGCCGGUCCUCUGCUGGGUCUGGCGGUGUUCCCGAACCAGAGCAAGAAGGACUCGAGGGGUCGGAGAUUCGUGAAGUUCGCGCGGCGGUUGUCGGCCAUCAUCGUGAUGCUGCUGGUGGUCGGCGCCAUCCUCGGCAACAUCUACCUGAUCACGCUGCCCCAGCUGAGGAAGCCGUCCUGACAGAGGAUCGAACUGCUAGUCAAGCUCUGCAGACGGUCGUUCCUGAUCGUCAAGAUCAGGGAGGCCGCCGAGAGCGUUUUCGAGUAGGUCCGGCACGGUUUCACGACACGGGAACAUUUCUUGAGGAGGUCCGGCAGGAUCGCCGGGACGAGGAGGUCCGGCGGGUGGGUCGGAGGCGAGUGAAACUGCGCGACCAGUGGGAAUCGAGUGGUACGAAUAGCGGUGAAGAGUCUGAGGGACUCGCGAGUGCCGCGGGCCGAGGGCUCGGAGGACACUGGAGGAAAUUUAGGGGACUCGGAGGCGGCUCGAGGAGAGCUUCCGACGCGACGGAGUGUGCCGAAGCGGACACGAACGCGGUGGUCCGAUGAUGUUCGUUGUGAUUGUUACCUUGAGACGAUCCGGUUUGGGCUGCAGCCGAGGCGGCUGCAGGGUCGCGAAUGUGUUCAGUUAGGAAUCGGACCUCGGGGCUGGUGUCCCGAAGCACUCUAGGACGAGCACGUAGAAAUUUAGGGGAGACGAGAAGCUCUGUGUACAAGUUAGGGACUUGAGGAUCAUCCGCAUCGAUUACCUGGCGCCGUUCGAAGGAAUCGAAGUAGCUGCCGCGAGCUUCUGGCCACUUGGCUGGCCAAACAGCCGAGCUACUGCUACACGGUUAACAAUCAAAACCCCGGGGCUCCCACUCGGGUGGCCAAGGAGCCGAGGAUUCUCGCUCCUACCGUCAACAAUCAAAAGCGCUCGCACAGAGAGCUGCGAGAGACAGUCGCCGAUCGAAGCGGACGUUUCGGUCGUGACUACGCCACUGCCUGGAUCGGCGGUCCUAUCCGCAAACGGCGCGUCGUUUUACUUCUUCUUUUUUUCUCUCUUUUUCUUUUCGCUCUCAUCGUCGAUACUAUCGCGCUGGGAACGAGGAGAGGGAUAAUGGGAUGACGGAUGAAGAGGACCGCGAAGCAAGACGGCGGCGGCGGCGGCGGCGUAUCGACAGGGCAGGAUUGAAAAUCCCCUUUCAAUGCUACCACGACGCUUUAAGAACGCCAGGGCCGUUCUGUCGGACACUUUCUGCCGGGCACGCGGCCAUCUUCCGGGGAGAAUUUACGACGGCUCCUCUAAUUGCGAGAUUAGGGGGUUGUUGCGCGGCCGUGGAACGCUUUUUCAGGGACGGCUGACGAAUCGCCGAUUCCCCGAACAAAUGGACGAGCCUCCGACUAUAAAUCGCUUAACCUGGACCGGUCGGUGUAAUCGAGUAUUUAACGCUAACACGCUUCCGCGAGGGUCGACCUAUUCGAUACUGUGUACUCGGCGGAUCCGGGAUCUUCUCCAGGGGACACGCGCCAGGAAACUUGGACCCAAUUUUUGUGCCAUCGUCGGACUAGCCCGAGGAGAGGAGGGGGGAGGAAGGAGCGGUUUCCCGAGUCCGUCGAACCCGUGAUAGGGAAGAAUCGAGAUCGGGGUAGCUCGAUAGUAUGCGUCGACGUUCCCAAACCGCGAACCCGCGGACGAGACUGUUCAAGACUGUGGAUGGGUGAUCAGUGUACAAUCGAGCUGGUGGCGACGUUGAUCGAUAAAAGUAUUCGGUAGAUCGUUGUUUACGGCUGCGCGGGGAUUGCUGAGGGAUGGUAUGGUGCUCCCGUGGUUUUUCGGGCCGGGAAGUCUGUUGACCGGAAGCUUUAAGAUCUGUUGAAUUUUGUAGAUUGUCGGCUCGGCGGGACGAUACACCGUGCGCCAGAUGCACGCAGUGUCGUCGCACGUUGACUUUUAUCGACGCCGGAUAUCUACCGCGUUGGUCAAAACGACCGGUUCCACGAUUAUUAUUUUCAGUUUCUUGAAAUUGUAAAGAGUCUCUCUCGCAGGAAACGAUUUAAUCGAUUUCUUAAUUCGAGCACACGUAUAAGAAAAGUAUCGCGACGAUUAAAUAAAUUCAAUCCUGCAGUAAUUAUAAAACAACACGCGUUAGUCGUUUUUUGACCGAUAUACAGGAUGUCCCAAAAUUAUGGUACUUCUGGAAAAUGAGAGAUUCUUGAGGUCAUUUGAAGUAACUUU